AUAUUAAACAAAAAAUGCAAAUUGGUUCAAAAAUGCAUAAUAUUUGAAUAACAGAGGUUAACAAAAUAUUUCAGAAAUAUUUGGAACAUGAACAAAAAUUGAAAUGGAACAAAAAUACGAAGAUUAACCUGAAUUUAAAAUAACUAUUUAAAAUAGAAUCAUUCAAGUUAUUUCGGUCCUUCACUAAUGGCUCAGAUUCAUUCAUCAUUACUUAAGAAUGGCGCUCAAUCCGAUUUAAAUGGUUAGUCACAUAACUCGUUUCAAACCAGCUGUUAUUAAAUGUUUUUAAAUCUUGGCAUUAAUUCAACGUGUUUUUCGCCAAAAGUUCUUAAAGAAAGAAUUUAGUUUUAUGGGUACAAUAAAUAAGUGAUUACAAAUGACGACUCAAAUUAUAACAAGGAGGUACUAUAAAAAUUUAAACUUUAUGACCUUGCAUUUUUCUGUGUUUCUUUUUGUUCGUUUUUUACCUUUUAUAGAAUUUGAUUUAAGUAAUUUCCUUUUGUGUAAUAUGUAAUAUAUUUUUAUCUUAGAGGCCAUAGCAAACACAAAAUGCAAAUCAGUUGAUCACUGCUAUUAUUUUUGACAAGUUGCUUAUAGCAAUUAGUGAAUAAGUUUAUUAGAAACAAAAUCGAAUAAUUUAUUUUUUAUUUUAUAAAGUUAAUACAAAAUUAGUUAAAAAUGAUGUACUUAGCAGUUGUAACAGUGAUAUAUAGAACCUUUGAUCAAAACCAGUUUUAUUAUAAAAAUUCAAGUGAACUCAACUAUGACAGCCUCUUAUUCCAGGGACUUCCACCGUUCAAUGUCUCUGGCAGCCCCUUCAAUGUUGUCCCAAUACACAGGUAUCCAGAACUCAUGCAAGAAUGUUGCAAUCUCAUAAACUCUGAAUGGCCACGAAGUGAUACGGCCCGAAUGCGUUCACUUGUGGCAUCCUGCGAUACAUUGCCAGUUAGUUUAGUUCUAACAACAGACAAUCUAUGCCGUGUUAUUGCUCAUUGUAAAUUGAGUGCGAUACCAAGCAAGAAAAGCGCCUGCUUUGUAGAAUCCGUUGUGGUUGACAAAAUGUACCGAGGUAGAGGUCUUGGAAAACUAAUUAUGAAAUGCGCCGAAGAUUACUGCCGAAGUGUUUUGCAAUUAAAAGCUAUUUACUUAUCGACAAUCGAUCAAGAGGGCUUCUACGAAAGAAUUGGCUAUGAAUUUUGUGCACCUGUUUCUAUGUAUGGACCGCGUCACUGUGAGCUGCCUUCUUUAGAAAAUGCCAAAAAGAAAUAUAUGAAAAAGAUUCUGUAAGCACAAUGCAAUGUUUGGUGGGGAAACAAAAACAAAACAAAAAAAAAGAAAGAAACUUAUGCUAUUCCAUUAUGAUUUUAUUAAGUUGAAAUGUUUAUGGAAAAGAGAUCACUAUUUUUUUUGUGUUGAUUCUUUGCACAUAUUGCUGGCGUUUUUAGUGAAAACAAAAGAAACUUAUAGCACUUUCCAUAAGUGAUCCUUUUGCUGACAAAAAAAAACACAAAA